AUGAUCACAGGGAACAAUGAUAAGUUACUUUGUGACACCAGAAUAGAAUUGCAGAAGAAGUUCAAGAUGAAGGACUUAGGGGAGCUGGAAUUCUUUCUGGGAAUUGAAUUUGCUAGAUCAAAGAAAGGAAUCCUUAUGUGUCAAAGAAAGUAUGCACUAGAGUUGAUAUCUGAAGCAGGCUUGGGUGGAGCAAAGCCUUCUGGUGCACCAUUAGAGUUGAAUAAGAAACUCACAUCUGUAGAGUAUGACAAAUGCUUUCAGAAUUGCAAACAAGAAGGUGAUCAGGAACUCAAGAAUCCUAGUUGCUACCAGAGACUUGUGGGAAGGCUGCUGUAUCUCACCAUGACAAGACCUGAUAUUGCCUUUGCAGUUCAGGUCUUAAGUCAGUAA